CUUCAUUUGAAUCAAUCAUGAAGUUGCUUGUUUCGUGGUUUGUCGUUGGAAUUUUUGCCAUUGUCAAAGGCGAAAAUGACACGGAUACCAACCAAGAAGGCAAAAUCGUCGGUGGAUUUGAAACAGACAUCAGAUACAUCAGCUAUCAAGCUGCUUUAGUUGAAGCCGGCAAUUCCCGAAUAUUCUGUGGUGGUUCAAUCAUCAGCUCCAACUGGAUUCUCACAGCAGCUCAUUGCGUCCCAGGUGUAUUUCCAAAUCAAAUGAGAGUACGUGUUGGUUCAUCUGACUAUAUGUCUGGUGGGCAAUUGCUGGUUGUUUAUCAAAUCCUGUCAAAUCCACGAUACCAACUAAUGAGUGAACAUGAUUUUGAUAUUGCUUUGAUUAACGUGAGCCCUAUGUCUUUCAACCAAAAUGUACAACCUAUUCGUCUGGCUGGGUCUGGUCAAGUGCCUGCUGUGGGUUCUACUCUCUGGGUAUCCGGAUGGGGUCAUCAGUAUUUCCAGGGUACCUCCCCGAGGAUAGUUCGUGCCGUGGAUGUCAAAAUGGUCAACUGGAGUGUAUGUCGAAGAAGUUAUGGGAAUACUUUGACAGAUCGUAUGAUUUGUGCCGCUGAUAACGGUAAAGAUGCGUGCCAAAACGAUUCAGGUGGUCCCCUUGUAAUGAAUGGUGUAUUGUAUGGUGUUGUAUCUUUUGGGGACGGCUGUGCCAAGCCUGGUUUUCCGGGUGUGUAUGCAAAUGUAGGGGAAGCAAAUCUAAGACGUUACAUUCGUGAUAAUACAGGAAUAUAAGUAGUUGUUUUGUUAUAUAAAUCAAAGAAAAAUUAAGUUUUUGUUUUUUUUGUGCAACAUAACCUUGUUUUUUUACAUAACCUAGUUUACAAACAGAAAAUAUAAAUAUUUAAACACUUAA